AUGGAGGACAGCUCCGCCGGGCCCCGGCUCGGGGCGGCGGCCGAGGCGGCCGAGGCGCGAGCGCAGCCCGGGUACACGCUGCGGCCCUUCGCGCCGUUCUCGGGGGCGGCCGGGCCCGACGAGGGCGGCGGCGACUGGAGCUUCAUCGACUGCGAGAUGAUGGAGGAGGUAGACCUGCAGGACCUGCCCAGCGCCACCAUCGCCUGCCACCUGGACCCGCGCGUGUUCGUGGAUGGCCUGUGCCGGGCCAAAUUUGAAUCCCUCUUUAGGACUUAUGACAAAGAUAUCACCUUUCAGUAUUUUAAAAGCUUCAAACGGGUCAGAAUAAACUUCAGCAACCCCUUAUCUGCAGCAGAUGCCAGGCUCCAGCUACAUAAGACUGAAUUUCUUGGAAAGGAAAUGAAAUUGUAUUUUGCUCAGACUUUACACAUAGGCAGUUCACACCUGGCCCCUCCGAAUCCAGACAAACAGUUCCUCAUCUCUCCUCCUGCCUCACCGCCGGUCGGCUGGAAACAAGUGGAAGACGCUACUCCCGUCAUAAAUUAUGACCUUUUAUACGCUAUCUCCAAGCUAGGGCCAGGGGAGAAGUAUGAACUGCAUGCAGCCACCGACACCACCCCCAGCGUGGUGGUCCACGUCUGUGAGAGCGAUCAGGAGAACGAGGAAGAAGACGAGAUGGAAAGAAUGAAGAGACCGAAGCCCAAAAUUAUCCAGACCAGGAGGCCAGAGUACACGCCCAUCCACUUAAGCUGAACAGGAGCCCGGACGAAGACGUGCUCCAAACCAUGCUCGCAAGAAGGCAUCUUUUACUGUGGAAGCAGCCGGUCACAGCUUUGGAGGCGGCAGCCGUGACCGCUGUGGCGGAAAUUCCAGUUCACGUUGCUCAGAAGAGAAUCGAGGCUUCGUCCCCUGGUUCUAACGCUGCGCCUCAGUCAGUGUUUGAGGCUCCUGGCCAGGCCCCGAGCCAAUCACUGAGCUUGGGGUGAUCGCACAAGGACAUCUGGGAGCAUCGCGGGAAAACCAAUAAUGAUAGUGUUUUGUACUUGUUCUCUUCUGGUAGGUUCUGUCUUGGCCAGGGGCAGAUUGAUCCGCGGGCCCCGGGGAGAGUCUUUGUGUUUAAUCAGUCUACAAGGUAGACGCACUCUCUCUCCUGGUGGGAAAAGGCGCCACGCGAAGCCACGAGGCGUCUGGUGCAGAAAGGUCGUGAAAGCAACUGUGCAACGUGGAAACUGUACCGUUUCAUUUCCCCCUUCAUGUUCUGAUGUUUGUGCAUGUGUAUUACUGAUUUCUCAGAACUAACCUUUGUUUGUAUGUAGAGUUGCGCCACUGCUGUUUUACAUCUUCUGGGGAGAUAAGAAGGCAUCUGUGAAGUCUGUCACCUUUGCAGAUUCGUGACUGUCUUUGCAAGGGCACCCACGGCGGGGUGGAGGGGAUUCUACCUGGAAUACACACACCAUUCCGCAUCCUGUCCGAUGCGACCAAUAACUUGUGUUUUUGCAAAAGAAGUCGAUCUGGAAUUCCUGUGUAGCGUUUCGCUUAUAAAAUUCAGAAAAUAGCACUUUCACUGCCAACUUCUAGUGGGUGAGAAAUUUUAGUUUAGAUGUUUUAGAUCAGGCAAUACAUAGGUUUCAUUUCUUUCUUUGACGUGGUGGUUUAUAUAACAUGAAUCAUAGCCAAAACCCUUUUCGGGGGGAAUAGUCAGUUGAGAUCAUUAAUUUUUUUACCCCCACUAAUACAUCAAGAUAAACUUGUAAAUAAAGCCGGUAGUAUAUAUUCACACCUGUUGUGCAUUUGGGUGAGACAUAUAUGGCCAGGGAAGACUAGGGUCAGAUGUGUUGACCUCCCCGUGAAUCGUAUGUUGUAGAAAAUGCCUUUCAGAUGUUUGAUGGGACUUGAAUUCAAAGCACGUGAAGUGGAUAGUGGAUAUAAGAAGGGUGCAGUGCCUUUCCCAUUAAUUCCUGGUGGAGUUGUCACACUAGGUUAACGUUUGUAAUUUUUUUCUAGUGUCCUGUGUAUGUGUAUGUCUGGUCGAUGGGUACUCCCUUUUGGCCUUACAAUAUUGUAACAAUGUUUGUCCUUUUGAAAUACCUAAUGCCAAGUAACAGUGCAUGCUUUAGAAAAGGGGAAGAGGGCUUUCUUUAAGAAGUAAAGGCGUUUGGCUGUUCCUAUCAAGAAACUGACUGAAUGGUCUCCAAACCCUGUUUACAGGACCUGGUGGGGUGUGGGGGACAAAUGAGCAAGAGAUGCUUGCAUAGUCGUUCAAGUGUUCGUAGUUCAGUGCUUUUAAACUGGAGAGGCUAACCACGAGAUAUUUUUUUUAACUGCAUUCUCUAAUAAAUCGACGCAAUAUGCUCUUUAUGGAAAA